AUGAAUUUUUUAUCUUUGAACACUAAGGGGGCUGGCGGUUUUUCGAAGGCCGAUUGGGUUAAAAUGCUCAAGGCUAAGCACAGAAUAUCCUUCAUAGCGAUUCAAGAAAGUCAGCUUACCACUAUGACAGAUAUUCAACUUAAUCGGUUUUGGGACAAUACGUCGUGUGGGAAAGCUGUGGUGAACGCUAACGGUAGAUCGGGAGGGUUAUUUUUGGUUUGGAAUUCUAACCUAUUCUCGGCUGAAGAAGUGGUCAUGACUCAAUUGUUCAUUAUGGUGAGAGGUCUCUUGUUGGGGGAAGUCGAGCGACUGAACAUUGUAAAUGUUUAUGCUCUAGUUGAUCCUAGCUCUAGGUGCAAUUUGUGGCCAGAUUUGGUGCCGCUUAGGGAAUCGUUUGACGGGAAAUGGAUUUUUCUAGGGGAUUUUAACGAGGUAAGGGCUGCCGAAGAACGUAUGAAUUCGGUUUUCUAUUCGUGCAAUGCCCUUUCUUUUAACAACUUCAUUGGGGAGACAGGUCUUAUGGAAUACUCGAUGGCGGGGAAAAAUUCACUUUUCUUUCAUCUGAUGGUAGAAAGUUGA